AUGCUCAGCCCAGCCAUCGCCUGGAUUGGCGCUUUAUAUGCAGGCUUCGUGAUCCUGCGCUACUUCGCACAGCUACACCACCACCACAAACAAUCCAAAGCCCUAAACUGCGAACGUCCUCCGGAUGGACACUCCGCAUUUUUCGGAAUCCCCGCGUUCUUGCGUCUGAGCAAAGCCGUGCGCGAAAAGCGCUGGAUCGAUUAUCUCACCGAUCAGUUUGCUGUGCAUGGCGCCUACACUUUCCGUCAGCAAUUCCUGACGCGCACAUUGACGACAACUAUCGAGCCGGAGAAUAUCAAGGCCGUUCUCGCGACUCAAUUCAAAGAUUUCUGCCUCGGUACUCGACACCAGCAAUUUGAUCCGUUGUUGGGUGAUGGUAUCUUCACGCUGGAUGGCGCGGGGUGGUCGCAUGCUCGGGGAUUAUUGCGCCCGCAGUUCACCAGGGACCAGGUUGCCGAUCUGUCUAUGCUGGACGAUCACAUCUCGCAUUUAAUCGAUUUGAUCCCCAAAGAUAGAAGCAGCUUCGAUAUCCAGCGUCUUUUCUUUCUGCUAACCCUGGACUCGGCAACACACUUCCUGUUCGGUGAAUCAGUGGGAUGCAUGCUCCCACCUUCGGAAACAACAGGUGUUUUGGAAAAGUCCGCCGUAGGAAGCGCACAAGGUUUCGCCGAGGCCUUCGGAACAGCACAGGACUAUCUCGCAUCGCGAUCGCGUGCUCAGGGUCUAUACUGGCUUAUUAACCCAAAAGAGUUCCGCGAUGCGAAUCGCAAGGUUCACGAAGUCGUCGAUCAUUAUGUCAACGUCGCACUAGAGUCGAAGCGGAAUCCGGAGAAGAAGAAUGCCGAUGGUCGGUAUAUCUUCCUCGAGGCUUUGGCUGCUGAGACCGAUGACCCCAAGAUGCUGCGUGACAAUAUGUUGAAUAUUCUUCUUGCUGGGCGUGAUACUACUGCGUCUCUACUUAGUUCGACUUUCUUUUAUCUUUCGCGUCAUCCUAAUGUUUGGAAUCGGCUGCGUCGAGAGAUUAUUGAAAACUUUGGUGAUGGGAAGAGCUCCAAGGUUGAGAUGACGCAGACUAAGCUCAAGGAUAUUCCUUAUCUGCGAUAUGUCUUGAACGAAGUCCUUCGUCUUCAACCACCCGUCCCCGUCAACUUCCGUGUCGCAACAAAGGAUACCUCUAUUCCAGUUGGUGGUGGACCAGACCGACGAUCCCCAGUUUAUAUUAAAAAAGGCGGCAUGGUCGCCUACAAUGUCUUUGCCAUGCACCGCCGGACGGAUCUAUGGGGCAAAGAUGCCAGAUCAUUCCGACCGGAGCGUUGGGAAGAGAAUGCAAAGCAUGGUUGGGAGUAUCUUCCUUUCAAUGGUGGACCGCGUAUCUGUCUUGGUCAACAAUACGCCCUCACGGAAGCAAGCUAUACCGUUGUUCGUCUCAUGCAACACUUUGACACGCUUGAAAAUGCGGAUCCUCAUCCUCGGACGGAGCCUGUUAAGUUGUCGAAUCUUACUAUGAUGCAUGAUUUGGGUGUUCCUAUUCGGUUGUAUUCGUCGGAGCGGAUGUGA